UAGAAAGUUCCCAAUCCCCUUCCAUUGGCCGGAAAAAUGGCGUUGCCGGCGCCGGAAUCAAUCUUCCUCGAAGACUUCGGCCAGACGGUAGACCUCACGCGCCGCAUUCGCGAAGUUCUGUUGAACUAUCCGGAGGGAACCACCGUCCUCAAGGAGCUCAUACAGAACGCCGACGAUGCCGGCGCCACCACCGUUUCCUUCUGCCUUGAUCGCCGCUCCCACGGUUGCGAUUCGCUGCUCUCGAACUCCCUCGCGCAGUGGCAGGGCCCGGCGCUGUUAGCCUACAACGACGCCGUCUUUACCGAAGACGAUUUCGUCAGCAUCUCCAAGAUUGGUGGAAGCAGCAAGCACGGACAAGCUGGGAAGACUGGUCGCUUCGGGGUUGGCUUCAACUCAGUGUACCAUUUGACAGAUCUUCCCUCUUUUGUGAGUGGCAAAUAUGUUGUAUUGUUUGAUCCUCAGGGUUUUUAUCUUCCUAGAGUUUCUGCAGCAAAUCCUGGGAAACGGAUUGACUACACUGGUUCAUCUGCCCUCUCCUUCUACAAUGACCAGUUUUCCCCCUAUUGUGCUUUUGGUUGUGACAUGCAAAGUACUUUUUCUGGAACAUUAUUCCGUUUCCCUUUGAGGAGUGCAGAUCAGGCAGCCAAAAGUAAGCUCUCAAGGCAAGCAUACUCACCAGAAGACAUUUCCUCUAUGUUUGUUCAACUCUUUGAAGAAGGCAUUUUGACGCUUCUCUUUCUAAAGAGUGUGCUGUGCAUUCAAAUAUACGAGUGGGAGGCUGGAGAACCUGAACCAAGGAAAAUUCAUUCUUGUUCUGUUACUUCAGUAACUGAUGAUACAGUUUGGCAUCGGCAGGCAUUGGUCAGAUUGUCCAAGUGUUUAAAUACCACUACUGAAAUGGAUGCAUUUCCAUUGGACUUCUUAAUUGAGAUGGUAAAUGGAGAUGAAACUGAGAGGCUAACAGAGAGAUUUUAUGUGGUGCAAACCAUGGCCUCAGCAUCAAGUAGGAUUGGUUCUUUUGCUACUACUGCAUCAAAAGAAUAUGACAUUCACUUGCUGCCAUGGGCAUCAAUCGCGGCAUGCAUUUCUGAUAAUUCGCUGAAUAACAAUGUUCUUAGGACUGGUCAGGCAUUCUGUUUUCUUCCACUGCCUGUUAGAACUGGCCUCAGCGUACAAGUCAAUGGAUUCUUUGAGGUUGCAUCAAAUCGUCGUGGGAUCUGGUAUGGGGAUGACAUGGAUAGAAGUGGAAAAAUUCGCUCUAUCUGGAAUAGGCUUCUUCUGGAAGAUGUUAUAGCUCCAGCUUUUGUGCAUAUGCUGCUUGGCAUUAGAGAAUUGCUAGGGCCAACGGACAUUUACUAUUCUUCAUGGCCUAUUGGUUCUUUUGAAGAGCCAUGGAAUAUUUUGGUUCAACAAAUAUACAAAAUCAUUGGUAAUGCUCCAGUUAUGUAUUCAGAUUUCAAUGGAGGAAGAUGGGUAUCACCAAGUGAAGCCUUUCUUCAUGAUGAAAAAUUCACCAAAAGCAAGGACCUUGGUUUGGCGCUGAUGCAACUGGGAAUGCCAGUCGUGCAUUUGCCUAAUUCAUUGUUUGAUAUGCUUCUACAAUAUAAUUCCAGCAAGGUAGUUACUUCUGGUACAGUACGCCAAUUUCUUAGGGAAUGUGAAACAUUUAAUUAUUUAAGCAGACCAUACAAGCUUCUAUUGCUUGAAUAUUGCCUAGAGGACUUGGUUGAUGAUGAUGUUGGUAGAGAAGCAUAUGAUCUUCCUUUACUUCCAUUAGCAGAUGGAAAUUUUGCGUCAUUUUCGGAAGCAUCAAAAGGAAUCUCUUAUUUCAUUUGUGAUGAAUUAGAAUACAAGCUGCUGCAGCCAGUUUUUAAUAGAGUAAUUGAUCAUAACGUUCCUCCCAAUAUCUUAAGCAGACUCUCUGGUAUAGCAAUGUCCUCAAAGACCAAUGUUACUCUUUGUAGCAUUCAUCAUUUUGCUCAACUAUUCCCUGCAUUUAUGCCAGCUGAAUGGAAAUAUAAAAGUAAAGUGUUCUGGGACCCUGAGUCUUGUCAAAAGCCAUCAUCAUCAUGGCUUUUGCUAUUAUGGCAAUAUCUAGGAAAACAGACUGAAAUAUUGCCGCUAUUUAGUGAUUGGCCAAUUUUACCUUCCACCUCUGGGAACCUGUUAAGACCUUCCAGACAACUUAAAAUGAUUAAUGGAAGCAAUCUCUCUGAUGAAGUACAGGAUAUCCUUGUGAAAAUCGGAUGUAAUAUAUUGAAGUCAAAUUAUGCAAUUGAACAUCCAGAUUUAUCUAAUUAUGUGUGUGAUGGCAGUGCAGCAGGUGUUCUGGAAUCAAUAUUUAAUGCAUUUUCAAGUGCUGAUGCUCUGCAAGUUUCACUUGAUAUUCUAGUAACUGAAGAGCGAAACGAGCUCCGCAGAUUUCUUCUUGACCCUAAAUGGUAUCUUGGACACUCUAUGGAUGAAUUUAGCAUAAGGUUUUGCAAGAGAUUACCUAUAUUUCGAGUCUAUGGCCGAGAGUCUAUUCAAGAUUUCCAAUUCUCUGGCUUAGAGAAUCCUAAAAAGUACUUACCACCAUUGGAUGUGCCGGAGACUAUUUUGGUGGGAAGUGAGUUCAUGGUUAGAUCCUCAGAUAUCGAAGAGGAUAUUCUGUCAAAAUAUUAUGGAGUUGAGAGAAUGGGGAAAGCACAGUUUUACAAGCAACAUAUUUUUAAUAAAGUUGGGGAUUUGCAAGAUGAUGUUCGUGAUAGCAUAAUGUUAUCUGUUCUCCAAAAUUUGCCACUUUUGUCCCUUGAGGACAUAUCUAUUAGGGACUUGUUGAGAAAUUUGAAAUUCAUCCCGACACUCACUGGUGCUCUCAAGUGCCCUUCAGUUUUAUAUGAUCCUAGUAACGAAGAACUGAAUGCAUUACUAGAAGACUCAGAUAGUUUCCCUGCUGGUGCUUUUCAAGAAUCUGAAAUACUUGAUAUUCUGCGAGGCCUGGGCCUCAAAACUUCUGUGUCUCCAGAUACUGUUUUAGAAAGUGCUCGAUGCAUAGAACGUCUGAUGCAUGAGGAUCAACAGAAGGCAUAUUUAAAAGGGAAAGUUCUUUUCUCUUACCUAGAAGUUAAUGCAUUGAAGUGGCUUCCUGAUCAAGUUGUUGACAAUAAAGGAGCAGUUAACCGAAUGUUGUCACGAGCAACAACUGCUUUUAGGUCUCGCAGCAUAAAAUCUGAUCUUGAAAAGUUCUGGAAUGACCUACGGCUGAUUUCCUGGUGCCCAGUGAUGGUCUCUACUCCAUUUCAGUCAUUACCAUGGCCGGUUGUGUCAUCAAUGGUUGCUCCUCCAAAACUUGUAAGACCACUAAAUGAUUUGUGGCUAGUCUCGGCUAGCAUGCGGAUACUGGAUUGUGAAUGCUCUUCUACAGCUUUAUUAUAUAGCCUGGGAUGGAUGUCUCCACCUGGAGGAGGUGUAAUUGCUGCCCAAUUACUGGAGCUUGGAAAAAACAAUGAGAUUGUGUCUGAUCAAGUUCUUAGGCAGGAAUUAGCCUUAGCAAUGCCAAGGAUAUACUCAAUACUGACUGGAAUGACAGGUUCGGAUGAGAUUGAGAUUGUAAAAGCUGUUCUUGAAGAAAGUCGGUGGAUUUGGGUGGGGGAUGGAUUUGCAACUUCUGAUGAGGUUGUCCUUGAUGGUCCUCUUCAUUUGGCUCCAUAUAUACGUGUUAUACCAGUUGACUUGGCAGUUUUCAAAAAUUUGUUUCUAGAACUUGGUAUUCGUGAAAUCUUGCAACCUGCUGACUAUGGUAAUAUUCUUUGUAGGAUGGCAGUUAGAAAAGGAUCAUCUCCUCUUGACAUGCAGGAGAUCAGGGCUGUGACACUAAUAGUGCAUCAUCUAGCUGAAGUUUACCAUCAUGAACAAAAAGUUCAGCUCUAUCUGCCAGAUGGGUCAAAUAGACUUUUUCUUGCUGGUGACUUGGUUUACAAUGAUGCCCCCUGGUUGCUUGGCUCGGAUGAUCCUAAUGGCUCAUUUGGCAAUGCAUCAACUGUGGCUUGGAAUGCAAGGCGAACAGUUCAAAAAUUUGUGCAUGGAAACAUUUCUAAUGAUGUAGCAGAAAAGCUUGGAGUCAACUCUCUUCGCAGGAUGUUGCUGGCUGAGAGUGCAGAUUCAAUGAAUUUUGGUCUGUCUGGAGCUGCUGAGGCUUUUGGACAGCAUGAGGCUUUGACUACACGGCUUAAGCAUAUACUUGAAAUGUAUGCUGAUGGACCUGGGACUCUAUUUGAGCUGGUACAAAAUGCAGAAGAUGCAGGAGCUUCUGAAGUAAUAUUUCUAUUAGAUAAGUCUCAAUAUGGGACUUCUUCUAUUCUUUCUCCUGAAAUGGCUGAUUGGCAAGGUCCUGCUCUAUAUUGUUUCAAUGACUCAGUUUUUAGCCCUCAAGAUCUUUAUGCAAUUUCUCGUAUCGGUCAAGAAAGUAAACUUGAGAAGGCUUUUGCAAUAGGAAGAUUUGGUCUUGGAUUUAAUUGUGUCUAUCACUUCACAGACAUCCCCAUGUUUGUUUCUGGAGAAAAUAUUGUAAUAUUUGAUCCUCAUGCCAGUAAUUUGCCAGGGAUUUCUCCUUCACAUCCUGGUUUACGAAUUAAGUUUGUUGGACGACAGAUUUUGGACCAAUUUCCUGAUCAAUUUUCUUCUUUGCUGCAUUUUGGCUGUGAUUUACAACACGCUUUUCCUGGUACUCUAUUUCGAUUCCCUCUUAGAACUGCAGGUGUUGCCACCCGUAGCCAAAUUAAAAAUGAAGUUUAUACACCCGAAGAUGUCAGAUCUCUCUUUGCUGCUUUUUCUGAGGUGGUUUCUGAAACAUUACUUUUCCUACGUAAUGUGAAAUCUAUUUCUAUUUUUGUAAAGGAAGGAACAGGACAUGAAAUGCACCUACUGCAAUGUGUAAGCAGAACCUGUAUUGGUGAGCCUGAAAUUGGAUCUACCAAAGCCCAGGAUGUAUUCAACUUUUUCAAGGAAAGUAGACGUGUUGGAAUGAAUAGAGUUCAGUUUUUGAAGAAACUUAGCCUAUCCAUUGGCAGAGAUUUGCCUUAUAGAUGCCAGAAGAUCCUAAUUACAGAAAAAAGCUCAACUAAUCAUAAUUCACACUAUUGGAUAACCACAGAAUGUUUAGGUGGUGGGAAUGCUCAAAAGGGAACAUCUGAAAGAGCCAAUAGUAACUGCCACAAUUUUGUUCCUUGGGCAUGUGUAGCUGUAUAUUUGAAUUCUAUUAAGCUUGAUGGAGACUUGGUUGAAAGUCCAGAAGGGAAGGAUGAAUGUAUUGUUUCUCCUGAUCUGUUUCGAAGUGCUAGUUUUCCUACACAUCUACUGGAAAAUUUUGAAGGUCGUGCAUUCUGCUUCUUACCUUUACCAAUCUGUACUGGUCUUCCUGCCCAUGUAAAUGCAUACUUCGAAUUAUCAUCAAAUCGCAGGGAUAUCUGGUUUGGUUCUGAUAUGACUGGAGGUGGAAGAAAGCGCUCAGACUGGAAUAUUUACCUCCUUGAAAAUGUUGUUGCUCCUGCCUAUGGUCAUUUACUUGAGAAGAUAGCAUCAGAGGUCGGCCCUUGCAAUUUGUUCUUCUCAUUAUGGCCAACAACAUUAGGCUUAGAACCUUGGUCAUCAGUAGUACGAAAACUUUAUCAAUUUGUUGCUGAAUUUAAUCUUCGUGUAUUGUAUACUGAAGCAAGAGGAGGUCAGUGGAUUUCAACCAAGAAUGCUAUAUUUCCCGAUUUUACUUUCCCCAAGGCAGCUGAGCUUAUAAAAGCAUUGUCUGGUGCUUCCCUACCUGUUAUUACACUUCCACAGUUACUUUUAGAAAGGUUUAAGGAAAUCUGUCCAUCAUUGCAUUUUCUGACACCGAAGCUGUUAAGGACUUUGUUAAUCAGAAAGAAGCGUGAAUUCAAGGACAGGGAUGCAAUGAUUUUGACCCUCGAAUAUUGCUUACAUGACUUACAAGAAUCCAUGCAGUUUGAUGCUAUAUCUGGCUUGCCUUUGUUACCACUUGCAGAUGGCUCCUUUACUUCAAUUGAUAUGAAGGGGGUUGGAGAAAGAGUUUACAUUGCACGUGGUGAUGAAUACGGCCUUCUUAAAGAUUCCAUUCCUCAUCAACUUGUAGAUUGUUCUAUUCCAAAAGAAAUUCAUAGAAAACUUUGUUACAUUGCCCAAACAGAUGGCACAAAUAUUUCUUUCUUGUCAUGCCAGUUGCUUGAGAAACUUCUUGUGAAAUUACUGCCUGUAGAGUGGCAGCAUGCUCGACAAGUAAGUUGGACUCCUGGUAUUCAUGGUCAACCCAAUUUAGAAUGGUUGCAACUACUGUGGAACUAUCUGAGAUCAUAUUGUGAUGAUCUUGUGAUGUUUUCUAAAUGGCCUAUAUUGCCUGUUGGGGAUGACUGCCUGAUGCAGUUAACACCAAAUUUGAAAGUGAUAAAAAAUGAUGGAUGGAGUGAGAAGAUGUAUUCUUUGUUGUUAAAGGUUGGAUGUUUAUUCUUGAGACAUGACCUGCAAUUAGAUCACCCUAAAUUGGAAUACUUUGUGCAGUCAGCAACAGCAAGUGGUGUAUUAAAUGUGUUUCUAGCUAUUGCCGGGGAGCCACAGAAGAUUGAGGGGUUCUUCAUUGAUGUGUCUGAAGGGGAGCUUCAUGAACUCAGAAGUUUUGUUCUUCAGUUGAAAUGGUUCUCCGAAGAGCAAAUUUAUAGCACACACAUUGAAAUCAUCAAACACCUCCCGAUAUUUGAGUCAUAUAAAAGCAGAAAACUAGUAAGUUUGAGUAAGCCUACUAAAUGGCUUGGUCCUACUGGUGUUCGUGAAGAUCUUUUAAAUGAUAAUUUCAUAAGAACUGAAUCGGAAAUGGAGCGGGUCAUUAUGAAAAGGUAUUUGGGGAUGAAAGAACCGACAAAAGCGGAAUUCUACAAAGAUUACAUUUUCAAUCACAUGUCAGAUUUCUGUUCAAAGCAAGAAGUUGUUUCAGCCAUUCUGCAUGAUGUACAGCUUUUGAUUAAAGAGGAUAUCUCUCUCAAGCCUUUGUUCUCUUCUGCACCAUUUGUUCUAGCAGCUGAUGGAUCUUGGCAACAACCGGCUAGGCUUUAUGAUCCUCGGGUUCCGCAGCUUAGAAAAAUGCUGAAUGGGAAUGUUUUCUUUCCAUGUGACAAAUUCUUAGAUCCUGAAAUUUUGGAUACUUUAGUUUGCCUUGGACUUAGGACAACUCUGGGUUUUACUGGUUUGGUUGAUUGCGCUAGAUCAGUCAGCCUGUUGCAUGAUUCUGGGGACACUGAAGCCUUCAAGCAUGGUAGACAAUUACUGGUUUUUUUAGAUACAUUAGCAUUUAAGCUCUCAAAUAAAGGAGAAAGUAAUAAUGAUGAUCAACAAGGAGUCAUGGCUGCAGGAUGUAGCACUGUAAUGGAUGAUGCUUUUGUAUAUGAUGGCUUUCCUAAAGAUGAGAACUCACUUACUGAUAUUGCUUCAUUUGUAAGCAACUCGAUUUGUGAUAUGGUAGAGGAUGAAUUUUGGUCUCAAUUGAAGCUAAUUUCUUGGUGUCCAGUAAUUUCUGAUGCAGCUGUUAGGGGACUUCCAUGGUUAAAACCCAGUAACCAAGUAGUAGCACCCCCCACUAGUGUGAGGCCUAAAUCACAGAUGUGGAUGGUAUCUUCCUCAAUGUUCAUUUUAGAUUGUGAAUGUGACAUGAUAUACCUACAAAAUAAACUUGGGUGGAUGGAUUGCCCAAUAGGUGUUUUAACGAGACAGUUAAUUGAGCUGUCCAAGUCCUAUCAAGAGCUUAAGACACAUUCACUGCUGGAUCCUGGUUUUGAUGCUCAGUUACAGAAGGAAAUACCUCGCCUUUAUUCAAAAUUGCAAGAAUAUAUUAAUACCAAUGACUUGAAUGAAUUAAAAGCAGGGUUAGAUGGUGUUUCAUGGGUUUGGAUUGGUGAUGAUUUUGUAUCACCAAAUGCACUUGCAUUUGAUUCACCUGUAAAAUUUACUCCUUAUUUGUAUGUUGUUCCAUCUGAACUGUCAGAGUAUAGAGAUUUGAUGAUAAAGUUAGGAGUUAGAUUAAGUUUUGGUAUUUCAGACUAUCUUCAUGUAUUGCAAAGGUUGCAGAAUGAUGUGCAUGGACUUCCUCUUUCAACAGAUCAGUUAAAUUUUGUCCAUUGUGUACUUGAAGCCAUAGCAGAAUGUUUCCUGGAGAAGCCACAUUUUGAGCCUUUUGAUAGUCCUUUGUUGAUUCCUAAUGAUUUUGGAGUUCUGAUGCAUGCUGGAGAUCUUGUAUAUAAUGAUGCACCUUGGAUGGAAAACAGUUCUCUUACUGGGAGACAUUUUGUACAUCCAAGUAUCAGCAAUGAAUUGGCAGACAGACUGGGUGUACAGUCUGUUCGAUGCCUCUCUUUAGUCAGUGAAGAUUUAACUAAAGAUCUGCCAUGCAUGGACUACAAUAAAGUAAAUGAGCUUUUGGCCCUGUAUGGAAACAAUGAGUUUCUGUUGUUUGAUCUUCUCGAGUUAGCAGAUUGCUGCAAAGCAAAGAGAUUGCACCUGAUUUAUGACAAGAGGGAACAUCCUUGUCAAACUUUGCUGCAGCACAAUUUAGGUGAAUUCCAAGGGCCUGCUCUUGUAGCAAUCUUUGAAGGUGCUUGCUUGAGUCGAGAGGAAUUUUGUAAUUUCCAACUCCGUCCUCCAUGGCGAUUACGUGGCAACACAAUUAACUAUGGUUUGGGAUUGGUUUGCUGCUAUUCCAUAUGUGACCUUCUCUCAGUCAUUUCUGGUGGCUACUUUUAUAUGUUCGAUCCUCGUGGUUUGGUACUUGCUGCACCUUCAACUAAUGCCCCCUCAGCAAAAAUGUUCUCUUUGAUAGGAACUGAUCUGACACAAAGAUUUUGUGAUCAAUUUAGUCCAAUGCUUAUUGAUCGGAAUGACUUGUGGUCAUUAGCUGAUUCUACCAUUAUUCGCAUGCCUCUGUCAUCUGAUUGCUUGAACGUUGGACCUGACUUUGGAUCUAACAGAAUAAGGCAUAUUACUAACUUAUUUAUGGAUCAUGGAUCUAGAGCACUCCUGUUCUUGAAGUCAGUUUUGCAGGUCUCAAUAUCAACAUGGGAAGAAGGAGAUUCUCAUCCAUGCCAGAAUUUUUCAAUAAGCAUUGAUCCAUCAUCUUCUGUUUUGAGGAAUCCAUUUUCAGAAAAAAAGUGGAGAAAGUUUCAAUUAUCAAGACUAUUUAGCAGCUCCAAUGCUGUGAUAAAGAUGCAUGUAAUUGAUGUGAAUUUAUAUUUAGAAGGAAAUACAAUCAUUGAUCGAUGGCUUCUUGUACUCAGCUUGGGUUCUGGUCAAACAAGAAAUAUGGCUCUUGAUCGGCGGUAUCUUGCCUACAACUUGACUCCUGUUGCUGGAAUAGCAGCACUUAUAUCCAGCAAUGGUCAUCAUGCAAAUGUUUACUCAAUGAACUCAAUUAUGGCUCCUUUUCCCUUGUCUGGUUGUAUAAACAUGCCUGUUACUAUCCUGGGUUGUUUCCUUGUGUGCCACAAUAGAGGUCGUUAUCUCUUUAAAUACCAAGACAGAGGGGCUUCAGCUGAGGGCCACUUUGAUGCUGGAAAUCAAUUAAUUGAAUCUUGGAACAGAGAGCUGAUGUCUUGCGUUUGUGAUUCCUAUGUUGAAAUGGUUUUGGAGAUUCAAAAGCUAAGGAGAGAUAUUUCAAGUUCUAUAGUUGAUUCUAGUUCCAGUUCUGCAAUCAGUCUCUCUUUAAAGGCAUAUGGAGAUCAAACCUACUCCUUUUGGCCACGUUCUUUUGAGAGGCAUGUUCCAGGUGAUCCACUUGAUAAUCAGGAUAAGACUCCUUUAAAUAGAACAACAGCUCUUAAAGCUGACUGGGAAUGCAUUAAAGAACAGGUAAUACAUCCAUUUUAUUCUCGUAUUAUUGACCUUCCAGUGUGGCAGCUGUACUCAGGAAAUUUGGUGAAGGCUGAAGAAGGCAUGUUUCUUUCACAGCCUGGGAGUGGGUUGAUUGGUAAUUUACUUCCAGCUACAGUUUGCAGCUUUGUAAAGGAGCAUUAUCCUGUAUUUUCGGUACCAUGGGAAUUGGUAACUGAAAUUCAAGCAGUGGGUUUUUCAGUGCGAGAAAUUAGACCAAAAAUGGUUCGUGAUCUCCUUAAAGUUUCUUCAAAAUCAAUUGUUCUACGAUCAGUUGACAUGUAUAUAGAUGUUCUUGAGUAUUGUUUGUCAGAUUUUCAGCAAGCAGAAUCAUCCAGCUCAGCCAGAGAUAAUGAUCCUGCUAGUGCCAAUGUUCUUUCCACACAGGGAGCAGCCAGCUCUGGAGAUGCACUGGAAAUGAUGACAAGUUUAGGGAAGGCUUUAUUUGAUUUUGGUCGAGGUGUUGUUGAAGAUAUUGGUAGAGCAGGAACACCCUUGGCUUACAAGAAUGCUGUGAAAGGCAUAGACCAAAAUAGGGAUCACAAGUUUAUAUCAAUUGCUGCAGAACUCAAAGGUUUACCGUUUCCAACUGCAACCAGCCAUUUAAAAAAAUUAGGCUUAACAGAACUUUGGAUUGGGAAUAAAGAGCAGCAGUUAUUAAUGGUUCCCUUGGGAGAAAAAUUUAUUCAUCCGAAAAUAUUAGACAGGCCUCUCUUAGGUGACAUUUUUUCUAACUGUUCCCUUCAAUUGCUGUUGAAACUGCAGAACUUUUCUCUUAAUCUGCUGGCCAAUCAUAUGAAACUAAUUUUCCAUGAAGAAUGGGUGAAUCAUGUAAUGGGAUCACAUAUGGUUCCAUGGCUUUCAUGGGAGAAACUGCCUAGUUCUGGUAGUCAAGGGGGUCCUUCUUCUGAAUGGAUUAGAUUAUUCUGGAAAAGCUUUAGGGGCUCACAGGAAGAAUUAUCUCUUUUCUCUGAUUGGCCCCUAAUUCCUGCUUUUCUUGGGAGGCCAGUCUUGUGCCGUGUAAGAGAGCAGCAUCUGGUCUUCAUUCCACCUCCUUUGGAGCAACCAACAUUGACAAGUGGGAUUUCAGAAAGAGAAUCCACUGAAAGUUAUGCAGGUGGGGUUAGGGUGUCCAGGGAUGGUACUUCUGAAGCUGAGUUAGAUUCCUACGUUUCAGCUUUUGAACGAUUCAAAACUAGUUACCCCUGGUUGUUGCCAAUGUUAAACCAAUGUAAUAUACCCAUAUUUGAUGAGGCAUUUAUAGAUUGUGCUGCUUCAAGCAAUUGUUUUGCUAUGCCUGGUCGAUCCCUAGGUCAAAUUAUUGCAUCCAAACUUUUGGCAGCUAAACAAUCUGGAUAUUUCACUGAACCUACUAACUUCUCAACUUCAAAUUGUGAUGCACUUUUUUCAUUUUUUUCUGAUGAAUUCUUUUCUAAUGGCUCUGGCUAUACACGUGAAGAAAUUGAAGCUUUGCGUUCUCUCCCUAUAUAUAAAACAGUUGUUGGUUCUUACACUAAGUUGCAAGGUCAAGAUCAGUGUAUGAUCCCUUCAAAUUCAUUUUUAAAGCCAUAUGAUGAGCAUUGUCUUUCUUAUGCUACCGAUUCAACUGAAUGUUCAUUUCUUCGAGCUCUUGGGGUUCUGGAGUUGAAUGAUCAACAGAUCUUAGUACGCUUUGGCUUGCCUGGAUUUGGGAGGAAACCUCAGAAUGAUCAGGAGGAAAUAUUAAUAUAUGUUUAUAAAAAUUGGCAUGAUAUUCAAUCAGAUCAAUUGGUGGUUGACGCUUUGAAAGAGACUAAAUUUGUCAGAAAUUCUGAUGAGUUUUCGACGGAUUUGUUGAAGCCCACAGAUUUAUUUGAUCCAGGUGAUGCUAUUUUAAUAUCUAUUUUCUUUGGUGAGAGAAGAAGAUUCCCUGGAGAAAGGUUUAGUACAGAUGGGUGGCUUCGAAUAUUAAGGAAACUUGGCCUUCGAACUGCUACUGAAGUAGAUGUAAUAAUUGAAUGUGCCAAAAGAGUUGAGUUUCUUGGACUUGAGUGCAUGAAAUCAGGUGAUUUGGAUGAUUUUGAGGCAGACAUGUCCAACUCUCCAUCUGAAGUUUCACAAGAAGUGUGGGCAUUGGGAGGAUCUGUCAUUGAGUUUGUUUUCUCGAACUUUGCUCUUUUCUUUAGCAACAAUUUCUGUGACCUACUUGGCAAGAUUGCAUGUGUACCUGCUGAACUGGGGUUUCCUAGUGUUGGUUGCAAGAGGGUGCUUGCUUCGUAUAAUGAAGCUAUUUUGUCUAAAGAUUGGCCUCUAGCUUGGAGUUGUGCUCCCAUUCUGUCCAGACAACACACUGUUCCUCCAGAGUAUUCAUGGGGAGCUCUCCAUCUACGGAGUCCUCCUCCUUUUUCCACAGUUUUGAAGCACUUGCAAGUAAUUGGGAGAAAUAGAGGUGAAGAUACUCUUGCUCAUUGGCCCAUUGCUUCAGGAAUGAACAUUGAGGAAUGUAUCUGUGAGAUUUUGAAAUAUUUAGACAAAAAUUGGGAUUUGCUUUCUUCCUCAGAUGUGGCAUCGCUUCGUGAAGUGGCUUUUCUUCCUGUUGCAAAUGGAACGCGGCUUGUGACUGCUGAUGCUCUUUUUGCUCGUUUGAUGAUUAAUUUGUCUCCAUUUGCUUUUGAACUUCCUGCUGUAUAUCUCCCAUUUGUAAAGAUUCUUAAACAUUUGGGACUUCAGGACAUGCUAACACUUUCUGCUGCAAGUGAUCUUCUAUUAAAUCUUCAAAAAGCUUGUGGAUAUCAGCGUCUAAAUCCCAAUGAACUACGAGCUGUGAUGGAAAUUUUAAAUUUCAUUUGUGAUCAGAUUUUUGAGGGGAACACAUCUGAUGGGUCAAACUGGAAAUCAGAAGCCAUAGUUCCUGAUGAUGGCUGCAGACUUGUUCAUUCGGCAUCCUGUGUCUAUGUUGAUUCUUAUGGUUCUCGAUAUGUAAAAUGUAUCAAUACUUCAAGAAUUAGAUUUGUCCAUGCAGAUCUUCCUGAGAGAGUCUGUAUUGUGCUAGGCAUAAAAAAGUUGUCCGACAUCAUCAUAGAGGAACUAGAUGACAAUCACACAUUAGAGACUUUGGGAUCUCUAGGGUCUAUUUCUCUGGAGACCAUCAAACAGAAGUUAUCAAGCAAAUCUCUUCAAAUUGCUGUAUGGACUAUUGUUAAUAGCAUGGGCAGUCAUGUUUCUGCAUUCAAUAGCUUUUCAUUGGAGGAGCUAGAACGCUUAUUGAUCUCUACUGCAGAAAAACUGCAAUUUGUUAAGAGUCUUAAGACAAAAUUUAUGCUUUUGCCCAAUUUAGUAGAUGUUACUAGGACAGGCAAAGAUUUCACCAUCCCAGAGUUGAAGAAUGAAUCUGGACAUCAAGCACUUUAUUUUAUGAAUCAAUCAAGAACCUGUAUUCUAGUUGCUGAACCACCAACUUAUAUUUCCCUUUUUGAUCUCAUUUCUAUUAUAGUCAGCCAGGUAUUAAGCUCUCCUGUCAUAUUGCCUUUUGGAUCCUUACUUGGUUGUCCUGAAGGAUCAGAGAUUUCAGUUCUUAAUGUUUUAAAACUUUGCUCUGAUAAGAAAGAAGUUGAACCCAUAAAUGGCAGCAGCAAUAUGGUUGGCAGGGAAAUAUUGGCACAAGAUGCCCGUCUUGUUCAGUUCCAUCCAUUGAGACCCUUUUAUUCUGGUGAAAUAGUGGCAUGGCGGUCUCAACAUGGUGAAAAAUUGAAAUAUGGUAACGUUUCUGAAGAUGUAAGACCAUCCGCAGGUCAAGCUCUGUACAGACUUAAAAUUGAAGUUGGGACAGGGGUUAUUCAUGCUUUGCUUUCAUCACAAGUAUUUUCAUUUAAAAGUGUAUCAGCAAGCAGUCCCCUGAAAGAAACAUUGGUGCAUGAUAGCCCUGUAUUAGACAGUAACAGGCCCCGAGUUGAUGUCCCAGAGAGUUCAGGAAGGGGAGAGAGCUACUCUCAGAUGCAGCCUGUUAGAGAGCAGUCUGACAAAGUAUCAGCUGCAGAACUGGUGCAGGCUGUUAAUGAAAUACUCUCUGCUGCUGGGAUCAAAAUGGAUGUCGAGAAGCAGGCUCUACUUCAAAGAACAAUAAAUUUGCAAGAAAAUCUCAAAGAAUCUCAGGCAGCGCUUCUGUUGGAGCAGGAAAAGGUUGAGAAGGCAACAAAAGAGGCUGAUACAGCAAAAGCAGCAUGGAUUUGUCGGGUUUGUCUUAGUGCUGAGGUUGAUAUAACAAUAGUUCCUUGUGGUCAUGUAUUGUGUCGCAGAUGUUCUUCUGCAGUAUCAAGAUGCCCUUUUUGUCGGCUUCAGGUUACAAAGGCUAUCAGAAUUUUUCGUCCAUAAUAGCUCCAAUUAUUUUGGUGAUCGUUUGGACAUUGUCCAAGUUCCAUUCGCCAAUAGAGGCUAACUGAUAUUAGCCAAGAUUUAAUCAGCUACAUUAGACUGGGACGUGAAUAGAAUAUUUUGCGAUUUAGCACAAGAAUGGGGAACUUUUGACGUUUGAAGUAAAUAGCCUCAGUGAAAAACAGGAAAGGUUUGGUCAAUUACAUUUACCUCUUAACGGUCACUUCUUUUAAUAUCACAAAUGUCAUGUUUUGGAUUGAUAGAAGAUGGAGUAAGAAAUGGAAUUGAUUAAAAUAGAAUGGACCGGAAUAAAACGUGAUGGAGUAAAGAUUCCAUUAAAUUGUUUGGAUGUAUUAGGAUGGAAUAAAAAAAUUUAUUUUAAUUAUUUAGAUAGUAAACGGAGUGGAAUGAAUUGUAUUUUUUUUAUUCAUAUAAUAUUCUAACCUUAAAAACAUGUAUUUCUAUACUUCACUGUAUUAUAAAUUUAGCAAAAUGACUAUUAUCAAAUAAAAGAUAAUUACAAGU